AUGGCCACUGCAAGAGCUCUAGCCACCAUGGCAAUCUUCCUCCUGGUGACGCUCUCCACCGCCCACAUCGCGUCCUCACUCCGCUCGGGUCUCGGUGUCUGCCAUGCGAGUGGCUACCUUCCAGGAAAGUCGGGCAACUGUGAGAAGAGCAACGACCCAGACUGUUGCGAGGAUGGCAAGAGGUACCCGCAGUACCACUGCUCGCCGCCGGUCACCGCAACCACCAAGGCCGUCUUGACGCUCAACAGCUUCGAGAAGGGCAAGGACGGCGGCGGUCCGUCCGAGUGUGACAAUUCCUACCACAGCGAUAAGGAGAUGGUCGUUGCGCUCUCCACCGGCUGGUUCAAGAACAUGGCCCGUUGCGGGCACCGCAUCAAGAUCAGCGCCAAUGGCAAGUCUGUGUAUGCCAAGGUGGUGGACGAGUGUGACUCCGUCUAUGGCUGCGACGAAGACCACAACUACGAGCCCCCGUGUGCUAACAACAUCGUUGACGCCUCUCCUGCGGUGUGGAAUGCCUUGGGGCUCGACCAGAACGUCGGCAUGGAGGGCAUCACCUGGUCUGAUGAGUAG